UAAUGUUUGACGAUGGCUUAGCGAGCCAGAAGAAGAAGACUCCGUGGUGAUGCCAAGCCUGGUAUCGAAAGUUACGCGGUAUACCAGCGGGAGAGAAUUUACAAACCGUGGUAAAUAUCAUACCCGCGGUGACCGUAACGAGAAAAGGAUCUAGCUGGAUCUCGGGAGUUGCGGUUAGUGUCCGAAGGGCAUCAUGGCUGGAUGGCUGGAUGGAUUGAUUGGCAAGGUUCCGGCCCGAUGGGAGGACAAGAAAGGCCAACGCACAGAAUCAAGGGCCCCAAAGAAGCAAAAAGGGGGGGAGUUGAAGUCAUUCCUAUUACGCUAUUCGCCGUUCUGCCUCCGUGAAGUUUCUUCACGGCGGGAAAGAAGGGGUGAAACUCUAAAUCGGCAACGGCAAGUAAAGACGUCUCGCUUAGCCCGAGUUGGAAUCAUUGCCUUCUGCUUCUUGCCUCCAGCGUGUCGCCUAAACCCAUCGUCUAUUUUGGGGGCCAGCAGCGCACAAGAAUAGCAACGCCAAGGGUUAUACACACCCCCAGCGCCAAGUCG